AUGACUAACGGACGUCCGCCUCAGCUCGACUCCUCUGAAUUGGUAAAGCACUUGCCUGUUGAACUCACCUAUCCUCAAAUUCCUGUCGCUGCCUCCUACCUCGACCUCCUCUCCCACUCUUCUUCGAUGAAUAUGGCCAAUGGAUCACAGCCUGACCAACAGGAUACGGCUUUGAGCGAGAGCUGGGCCACUCUGAGUGAUGCAGACUACUCCUACGACGACGACCUCCAUUCGGAGACUACUGAUGCUGCCUCACUUGUGUCCAAUAUUGGGCCGGACGAUGUUAACAGCAUUGAUGAUCACCCAAGCGAUGCUGGCUCCCAAGACGCACACAGCGACAAGGGUCUGUCUGAAGGGCUUCCUCCACAGAUGUCUCUAGCCGAAAGCACAAAGACUGUUGGCGCUGAGGAUGUAGCAGCUUUGAAAGGCUCGCAUCUUGAGUCCUCUAUCGUUCUGGAACAGCCUGAAAGCCAGCUGGAAGAAGAUUUUGCCGAAGGAACACAGACCAUACAUUCGUUGACUGAAGAAGAGGCUGCAGACAGUAGAGAACAUGGCUGGGAUGCAGAUGAGCAUGGCGAAGUCAUGGGCAGCGUUUGCAUGAUGAUGUCGAAGAACGAUCUGCGCCUUGAUAGGCCGUUCCGAUUGUUAUAUUGUGGCGAUACAACGGCUAGAGCUGAGAUCUUGGCCAAGAUAGGAGAUGCCUUGCUGGCAGGGCCAGGACCACAGCAAGAUCUGCAUCCACUUGAGUCGUCUCGAUACAAUGUCAUUCUGUCCUCCGGUGCAUCAGAAACGUCAUCGAACCACUCAGAUCUGGUCCGGAUAAGAACGCAGAUCAUCGUCGACGACUGCACCACUGCUGCCUCGAUCAAACACGAGGAUGCCUCUGAUCAAAUAUUCCUGAGCUUCAAGAAUGGAUCACUGUAUUCGUCUCGGUGGGAUGGCAUUAAAUACGAGGUCUCUUCGGCUUCCGAAUGGUCGAAGCCGGAUCUUGCAGUCUUCUUCAUCACUCAUAAGGAUGAUCCGAUAUCGAAGCAGAGAUAUCAGCUAGCACAUGCAUUUGUGACCCGACACGGGGUUCCGUCCAUCAUUAUAUCCGGAAGUACGCAUUGGGCAUGGCGCUUUGAUGACUUGCCAAUAGACUCUUGCACACCUCAUCUGCGUAUCGAAGCACACAAGAGGCACACUUCAGGAGCUUCUUUGACGUUGCGCCGGCUACCUAUCGAUUUGGAGAUAUUUAAGUGCUUAGAAUCGGACCAGUUAAACAAGAACUUCGCCUACCUCUGCAGAAACCCGGGCAACAAACUCAGUGUCAACACAUCUAGCGAUGUGUCAGCAUCGAGCCACAGCAGUCGUGGGAAGAGUCCUAUAUACAGGAGAGAGGCUCAAUGUCAAAGUUUGUCAAAGCAAUCCACUUUGUACUCCUGGUAUGCCAAAACUCCGGUUUUUCGAAUCACCCUACUGGCUGCGGGCGGGCUGAUGUGGCUUGUCAUGUCAGCCAUGGCAUGCAAACUUGCAUUGGCACUAUUUAUGUAUCUCAUCUCCCGUGCUAAAAUUACCUCCGAACUGUCCCCUGCCACAACUUGGUCUCUUGAACCUUCACUAGCACCUACCAUUCCAGAAAGAGUACCUCCUGUCCUUCCGACUGCCGGAGCAGCGGUAGUAACAAGCAAGAAAGCAAUCUCAAAGAGUAUUGCAACGGUGGAGACACCAUCAGUUCUGGAGGAGUUGUUCACUAGCAAAUCCCUUCAGGCUACAAACAUAUCCGAUAAUUUCCAGAUCCACAGCAUUGGCGACUGCCAUAUAGUCGUCAAGACACCUCGUGGUUUCAAGGUCAGGAACAAGUCCGUGCCUUUUGAUCUCGUGGUUGCAAGAGGGUCUGAACUCCUUAAUACGUCCAUCUCGAAACUCUUCGAUGGUGUGUACACAAUACGCGUCGACAGAGAGGACGCUUAUGGCCUGGUAAAUGUCACUAUCAGACAACACAAAUCGUCUACCUUUGAGGAACAUCAAGUUGAUUUUGGUGCCCAGUGGUUGAAGGUGGCAGGGUGGAAGAAGGCUGCGCAGAUAGCCUCUGAACAGAUCCGAUCUGAUCUUGACGCUGCUCGAAUUGCAUUGUUGAUGGCAUAUGACCAUCUAUCGGAGGACAUGCACUUCAAGUCGAAGAAUAUUACGAAGAAAGCAAGUAAGCAGGCGAAGAAAUUCUCUCAGCAAAGUCAGAUUUUCUUCAACACGACGGCAAAACUUCUCGGAGCGAAAUCAAAUAAGCUUCGGUAUGCUACCAACCAUGAGCGGCAAGAAGCUUAUAGGGCCUUGAGCGAACGAGUAGAUCUGGCCUUUCAAGCGCUUCUGGUUCAUGCCCACACUACAAAUGAGCAAAGUCGUGCAAUAAUUGAGAGAAUCCUGGUCUCCGCAGGUCAAGCCGUAGAGCGGAUUCAUCAAUCUACUCCUCAGAUUGAGCUAGAGGACGUGCAAAUGCGAAUGCAGGAGUAUAUGAGGUCUGAAAAGCUGGCCAAGGCGCAAGAGCGUGCCAAGCAGAUGGUGAAGGAUUCGGCUACCAGUUGGAGGCAACGAAGAGCAUAUAGGAAAGCCAGCAGGGGGCCCUGCGGCAAGAGAGGCAGAGGCUGGAACAGGUGA